AUGCCCUCCCCACCGCCCGCCUGGGUUCAGGCAUUGAAGCCCUCAGGGCCGCAAGGCUCCGAGUUGCUCGCCAAAGAGCGGGAGCAGUCCAACGUUGCGGUGGAUGCUCUAGCUGAGCUGCUGCACACGAAGCAAACUCUAGAGCGGCAGGAAGAGUUGGUCUCGGUGCUACAGUCGGAAAAGGUCUUUGAUAAAUCCCAGGGUCAGAGUCUCGGUCGUGUUGACCGGCUACAAAGCGCUCUUCGCAAAGGAAAGCGAUUACAUCAGCUCUCCGUUGAGCGCAAGUGGACUUUGGAAGAGUACCAUGCAGCUGCUGGUUUGCUUGGGGAGCCGACUCCAUAUGCUCUGCAUGCAAGCAUGUUUCUGGUCACUCUUCGCGAGCAGAGCAACCCCGAACAACGAAAGCUUUUCCUCGAGCGGGCGGAAAAAUAUGAAAUUAUCGGGUGCUAUGCGCAAACAGAACUAGGCCAUGGAUCGAACGUGCGUGGUCUUGAGACGACGGCGACAUGGAACCCAGAGGAUAAAACCUUCACUUUACAUUCACCCACGCUUACCGCCUCAAAGUGGUGGAUUGGAUCACUGGGACGCACGGCAAACCAUGCAGUAGUUAUGGCCCAGCUCUUCAUCGGCAAUAAAAACUUAGGUCCCCACCCAUUUGUCGUGCAGAUUCGCGAUCUAGACACGCACCAGCCUUUGGAGAACGUCUAUGUGGGUGACAUUGGACCUAAGUUUGGGUACAAUACUAUGGACAACGGCUUUUUGCUCUUUAACAACUUCAAGAUUCCCCACAUUAGCAUGCUGUCGCGCUUCUCCCGAAUUGAUCCCGAAACAAACAAGUAUGUGCGCCCGGCCAUUCCAACCCUUGUCUACGGUACUAUGGUUUGGGUCCGCGCGAAUAUCGUGCUUGAUGCUGGAAGUGUGCUUGCCCGUGGUGUUACUAUCGCCACCCGGUACUGUGCUGUUCGCAGACAAUUCCAAGACCGAGAUGCCCCCAGCAACGCUGGUGAGACACAGGUCUUGAACUACAAGAUGGUCCAGGUGCGACUGCUACCAUUGCUUGCAUCCAUGUACGGCCUACACUUUACAGGUAGAGGCAUGAUGAAACUCUACCAAGAGAAUCAAAGCCGCAUGAACGGGGCCACCCAGCCUGGCCAGGACACCCGCAGCCCGGGUCCCGAGGCACUGCGUGCGGGAGCUGAUCUACUCGCCGAUUUACACGCAACCUCGUGUGGUCUUAAGGCCCUGGCUAGUACCACGGCUGGCGAGGGUCUCGAAGUAUGUCGUCGCGCCUGUGGUGGACACGGCUAUAGCAGCUACAGCGGCAUUGGGCCCUGGUACUCCGAUUACCUACCGACGCUGACUUGGGAGGGUGAUAACUACAUGCUUACGCAGCAAGUAGCUCGAUAUCUCCUCAAAGCCGCUCGUGCGGUACUUUCUGGCAAAGGAACCAGCAACGAUACCAGUCAGAUACUGCAAAGCUACCUGGCUCGUAGGGACAAGGGUGCUUCGUUUGACAUCCUAGAAGUUGAUAGUGAGCUAGUUGCUGCCUUUGCAUGGCGCACAGCUCAUCUCACCUUUGAGGCGCUUAAGCAUCGCGACGUGGAGAAGCGGUCGUGGAACAGCCUGCUGGUAGACUUCUGGCGACUGUCAACAGCCCAUUCCCAGUAUCUGGUGGUCAAGAACUUCUACGAAGCCGUCUCGUCACCUGAGCUAGCCUCGUCCGUUGAUGGGGUCACAGCUGGUGUGCUGCGCAAGCUCUUCCGCCUCUACGCCUUGUACACUCUCGAACGUGAGGCAGCCGACUUCUACGCUUCCGGUGCUGUCACGGUGCGCCAAAUCACGCUGACCCGCACCAAGGCAGUUCUGGCCUUGCUAGACGAUAUCCGCCCACAUGCUGUGUCCCUGGUCGAUGCUUGGAAGAUUCCAGACUGGGUACUAGACAGCAGCCUGGGUCGCUCUGACGGCAAAGUGUAUGAAGAUCUUUUCCAUCGCGCUAGCCAGCAGAAUCCUGUGAAUGACCUUGUCUUUGACCCAUAUCCCUGGAACGAGGGAGCUCUGAAGAAACCUGCCAGCAAGCUUUAA